CGUUCCUGCCCGGGUCAAGGCCUCCGGUUAGACGCGGUCUUCCCGGAACCCGAGGGUGCACCGCGAGCGUGCAGUCCCGGGCCGGAAAGAGGCGUCAGGGAGAAGGCAGCGGAGGCUGAGCAGCCCACCAGUGUCCCAAGCGCGUGCGCGGACCCUGGCACGCGCGCAGAAGGGACGGCGCGUGCGCGGGAGUCGGUGGGCAGAGGGGCGGGGCGACGCGGACGUGGGCUCGGCGAGCUUUGGGGCGCCGGCCCGGGGCCAGCCAGUGCGCCCAACUUUACUUCGCGCCGCCUCGCCCUACCUGCGGUGGCAGAAGAUGUGACUGGAGGGCUGCCGGCGGCCCGCGGACGAUGCUCGCGCUCCUGGGCGCGACGACCCUGAUGCUGGUCUCUGGGGCGCCGUGGGUGUUGCCCGCAGCCUCAGGGGGAACAAAUCUAAAAUCUCCUGAAAAUGGCAGGGUCUGCAUCAUUGAUGACAACUUUAUCCUGGAGUGGAACAGCAACAGUGAGUCUGUCAGGAAUGUGACUUUUUCAGCAGAGUAUAAAAUACCAGGGAUGGAUAAUUGGAAAAAAUUGCCUGGGUGUCAACAUAUUACUAGUACCGAAUGCAACUUUUCUUCAGUCAAGCUUAAAAAUGUUUAUGAAAAAAUUGAAUUGCGCAUAAGAGCAGAAAAAGGAAACAACACUUCUCAGUGGCAUGAGGUUAAGCCAUUUAUACCAUUUCAAAAAGCUCAGAUUGGCCCUCUAGAUGUACAUUUAGAAGCUGAAGAUAAGGCAAUAAUAAUAAACAUCUCUCCUCCUGGGACAAAAGAUAGUAUCAUGUGGGCUAUGGAUCAUUCCAGCUUUAUGUAUAGCUUAGUUAUCUGGAAAAACUCUUCAAGUCUAGAAGAAAGGACUGAAACUGUUUAUUCCAGAGAUAAAAUUUAUAAACUCUCACCAGAGACUACUUAUUGUUUGAAAGUUAAAGCAGAACUACGUUCACCAAGAAGAGUUGGUUUCUAUAGUCCAGUGUAUUGUAUAAACACCACAGAGAAACAUAAAGUGCCUGCACCAGAAAAUAUACAAAUCGAUGCUGAAAAUCAGGUCUAUGUUCUUAAAUGGGAUUACGCAUAUGAAAACACGACUUUUCGAGCUCAGUGGUCCCAUGAGUUUUUAAAAAGGAUUCCUGGGAGUCAUUCAGACAAAUGGAAACAAAUACCAAACUGUGAAGAUGUCAAAACUACCCACUGUGUGAUUCCUCAAAAUGUUUUCCCAGAAGGAAUUCACCGUAUCCGUGUCCAAGCAUCUAAUGGAAAUAACACAUCUUUUUGGUCUGAAGAGAAAAUAUUUAAUACUCAAAUGAAAACUAUAAUAUUUCCUCCAGUCAUUAGCAUGAAAUCCGUUAAUGAUGACUCACUGCACGUCUCUAUCGGUGCUCCAAAAGAGUCUGAAAACAAGUCUGUGAACCAGCUUUACCCUCUAAUUUAUGAAGUUAUUUUUCGGGAAAACACUUCAAAUGCUGAGAGAAAAGUUGUAGAGAAAAGAACUGAUUUUACCUUUCCUAACUUGAAACCGCUGACUGUAUACUGCGUGAAAGCCAGAGCACUCACUGAGAAUGACAAGUGGAAUAAAAGCAGUGUUUUUAGUGAUACUGUGUGUGAGAAAACAAAACCAGGAAAUACUUCCAAAACCUGGCUUAUAGCUGGAAUUUUCACUGCAUUAUUUUCUAUCAUUGUUGUCAUUUACGUUGUGAAAGUCCUCUUGAGAUGUAUCAAUUAUGUGUUCUUUCCAUCAAGUAAACCUCCUUCCACUGUAGAUGAGUAUUUCUCUGAACAGCCAGUAAGGAAUCUACUCCUUUCCACUUCUGAGGAACGAACGGAAAGAUGUUCUAUAAUUGAAAAUGCAAACACUUUUACUGUAAUAGAAGAGACUAAUCCAAUUGAUGAAGAUCACAAAAAGUACAAUUCCCAAACUAGUCAAGAUUCAGGAAACUAUUCUAAUGAAGACGAAAACAGUGGAAGUAAAAUAAGUGAAGAACUUCUGCAACAGGAAACUGUGUGACCAAGAAUGAACUCUAAAAUAUUAGGGAGUCUUGCGGGAGUUGCAGUGGGAGCCUGGGCUCCUUGGUCCUCUCAGUAACUAUCAAGAGAAUAUUUGCUUGUGGGGGAAGAAAGAUCAUCUUCAGAUCAUAGGUCCUAAAAACACAGGCAAGCACUUAACUAUUUGAAAGGAAUUUGGAGAAGAGUUUUCUACAUUCUUUUCCAUGUGUAAGGUCUUGAAAGACCUGUCAUUGGACCGCCCUGGAUGAGAGGAGUUAAAUCCAGAAGAUGCCCUCUGUCUUCCUGAUGAUCCCCUAAAGCCCCACCGUGCCGUCGUGUGGUAAGGGCGGCGCUUGUGUUCGCAUCAGCUGCUACCGUCGCUGUGCUGCCACUGCCGCUGCAUGUACCAUCUGUCCCUUCUCCGUCCCAGUAUUACAGUCCAUUAUUUUUCAGGAUGUAUUUAGAACAUUUGGUCUUUUCUUUGGACACGAAAGUAGGCCCCUUUGGAAAUGUCUUUAGAAAAGCCUGAAUACCACCAUCACUUGGUUUUCUGAAAAAGUCGCUUACUCUGGGAAACAGCUGCAGAUGCCAGAAACACGGUAUGGUCCUUACAGUUUUUUCAGGGGAAUUCUAUCCGUUUUACCAAUUACAUUGGCUUCUACAUCACAGUCACCUGUCCCUUCUGCGGUUUAGGACUAAAACCAGACAAUCUUUUGCUAUAUGUCCAUGAAGUCUUCCUGAUUCAGCACAUUGGAACAAUAGCCUCUGAUGACAGUGCAUAAUCACUAAAAUUACAGAGAAAUGGGAAACUAUCUGAGUAGAUAACUUACUAUUCUCUUUUAAGAUAUGGGAGUAUGUGACAUUAGUCACAGUGGAUGUAAGAAGUCUUGGGACCAAAAAAUGGUACUGAGAGAAGAGACAGAGUAAGAAGUAGAGUAAUUCCGUAGGAAAGAAGCAGGUGGCUUUAGCGAAAAAUAAGGAUAAUGCGUGUAAUCAGCUGUUGAUUACUAACAUCCUGCGGGUGGCUUGUUUUUGCGGCUUGUCUGUAUCCUUUCUAACGCCAGGCCAGCUUCUUUACGCCGUCCGGAAGUAUUAGGCACCCCUUCUGCUCAGCCUACAUGCGCUCAGGAAAAUGCAGCUUAUUUAGUAUCAAGGUGUGGGAGGAAAUGUACCUGGGAAGAAAAACCUAAUUUUUAAAAUAUGUAAUGCCUUUCAAAGGCAUCUGUAGCUUAUUUUUAAAUGAUUCGCUAUUUGGGAUUAUUCAUGGAGAGCCUGCGGAGGAGGGAAGUGUAGGAAUUCUGGUGGCCUCUGAGGCCGGGUUCUCAGCUUCAGUCGCUGCGGAAGGACCAGUGAAAGGGAAGGGAGAUGGAGCUACCCAGAGCAUCACGGCAGGCCAGUCUUAUUUACACAGUGGUCCGCUGCGGUCUUCUGGGUGGAAGAAGAGGUUGAAAGCAGCUGCCCUGGGAAGGGCUGUGAUGCUCAGCACGUCCUCUGCAGAGCACACCGUGUGCUUCCCUGGACCUCGGUCCAGCUCCUAGGGGAGCGUACAGUAUGGGCCGGGGAUCCCCGCCGAAGCAGUUCUCUGCUGCGGAAUCCCUACAGGGACCCACACCCACCUUUGAUCCUGCUGACCGGAGGCCUUUGGUUCAAAGCAGAUCUGGGUUGGCCCUUCGCUUGUAAAGGCCCUGUCAGUGGGAAUUUGCCUCUGUAGCGAGGAAGUGAGGAACGUGCCAGGACCCUGUCAGCCCGGGCCUCCACGCUGUGUCAGUGCGACAGGCCUGGUCAGCACGCGGGCCCGGGAUUUACCACAGGAAGAAGGCUGCUUCAGAAUGCACAUCCCAAAAGGAAACAGCGCCUUCGUGGGAUGUGGAAGAGGGAAAACUCGGGCAUUAGGAUGAAAAGACACCACAGAAGUCGCCAGGUCCCUGGAUGUGGGAGUCUGUGUGUCUUUGGGGUUUAGGACCCCCUGUGGUUUUCAGCGAACAAGCAUCUGAGCAGCAGCGAACAAAAAACCCUCGAUUUUGCCUUGUCUUCUGACCUAAAAAUGCAAUUGCAUCCCAUUCUUCACUGUGGCCCACAUGUAGCUUAAUCAGGAUGUGCUUCCUUGUAAAGUGACAAGUAUUUUUUCUGAAGAAUAGUUUACUUGGAAAUACCAUAUACUUGGGAGCACCAAUAAACUGCCUCAGAACUACAAUAUUGAUAGUGCUUGGAGAAACUAGAUAUAACCUACGCAUUUACGUAAAAGGUUUGUAUCAUUACAGCCAGAAAUAAUGUAUUAAUACGUAAUAUAGAUUAACAUAUACGUAAGUGGUGACAUGCGUCUGUAAACAUACAUACAUACUUAUACCUACACGUGCACAUGCAUGAUGUGGGCCAUACUCCAGUAGUACAGCCAUAAAGACUUAGCAUAGCUUCUAGUUAGAAAAGUAUAAAUGCUGCUUGAGAACUAUGAACUAAAGAGUCUGACCAGAAAUUUGCAACCUAUAAAAAAGUUAUUUCAAAAAUAUAAUUUAGAGUUUGUAUCUUUUCCCCAAGCUGUGACCUUCAAAGCAGCCUCUGAUUGCUCCUAAGAAUUUGGAGAGUGUACAGAAACUUUUCCUACCUGCCCGCUCCCCCCGUAACCCUUUGACUACCUGACAUGUUUGUUUCGUGGUGUCUGUCUGCCCCCCAGGGGACCGGAAGCUCUGUGAGAGCAGGAAUUUACUUUGACUUAAUUACUGUAUCCCCAGCACCUACCACAGUGCGGUGCCUCACACGUAAAAAGUGCGCAGGAAAUAAUUGUCAAAUGAUUGAAAUCUAAAAUUUGAACCAAAUGGGUGUUUCUGACACUGUUUGGGUGUCUUGUUGAGUUGUGGAAGGACACAACCAUGUUUCCAGUGUUUCUAUGCAGUGAGCUUUGUAUCUUAUUUCAUUUGUACUUUGUCUUAACCCCCAUUGCUGUUUUUUAAGCAGUUUGUUAAACAGUUUUCUGUAAUAAGCACUGAGGCCAAAAGUCUUGGGCUUUAUGGUGGUUCUGCUUGAACUGAUUAAACAUGCAUCACAGGAGUGGCAACUGCUGUCUUCAUGAGGUAUUCACAACCGAGGGGGCUGGUGCCUGUACCCGGUGUGCGCGUGCCCGGCGUUGUUAUCCUGAAGGGGCCCCACUGCCGUCACCGCCCCACGGAGCUCCUGGACAGGGAGCUCUCUUGCUUGCCCUUUGCUUUUUCACAGCCUCAACUUUAGAGUUGGCCGGAGCACAGCCUUGACCCAGUGAGUCUGCAGUGCGGUGCAGACUCCGCUCCGUCAAACUACAUUGCUUGCUUUUACCAACAUUUCUUCUCAGGAUAAGCUCUUUAAGGAGACUGCCUAGUCCCACGUGUAAAUUGAUCUACCUUCUAGACACGUUUGAAUCUGAAGUUAAACGCCACUGACAUUCAGGCUGGGAACUCUUCGUGUGUUUUUAGUAAGCUUCCGCGAAUUUUUUUUCAAACUGUACAGGGAAGUAAAUAUUAGUAAAUUCAUCUCUGAUGCCUGGGAAACUCCCUGUUACUUAACAGUAAUGACAAAUACCAGUAACAUCCAGUUUUUUCACCUGAGUGAAAAAAAGGCAAGAAGAGAGAAUUUGAUACGUCUUUCAUGCAAAGGAUAUACCUUCCCUUCCCACCUUCUGUCCCCACUAGAACUCAUGUUCUAGCAGAAGAUAUCUUCUGGGUGAAGAAGUAGUAAUUGAUGCAGACCAAGAAAAGAGAAAGUGGGCAGAGCCGAUAUGCUGGCUUAGAGAAAGGUCUUGGGAAGAGGGAAGAAAUGGAAAAAUUCUCUCAGGAGCAGGUUUAAACAUUUCUCCUCACAGUGACUCUGGCCACUCCUGGUCCUCCGUCCCCAAAGUUCCUGGAUCCAUCAGAGAGAAGGAGCUGAGGGGAAAGGGAAUGACUGAAGAAGAAGAAAAACAUUUUCCUAUCUCUCCAGUAGAAAGAUGGUCCAUUUUUUCCAAAAGACUGGAAUUAGUCCUUAACUGCAUAACAGAUAGCAGAGUGCCUUUUGUGUACUAUUGUCUGUUCCCGGAUUUUAUAAGGCUUUAAUACCCUGGAAUUUAACUUUUAAAAAGAGAUAGAAGGGCUACCCUGGUGGCGCAGUGGUUGAGAAUCUGCCUGCCAAUGCAGGGGACACGGGUUCGAGCCCUGGUCUGGGAAGAUCCCACAUGCCGCGGAGCAACUAAGCCCGUGAGCCACAAUUACUGAGCCUGCGCUCUAGAGCCUGUGCCGUGCAACAAGAGAGGCCGCGAUAGUGAAAGGCCCACACACCGCGAUGAAGAGUGGCCCCCGCUUGCCACAACUAGAGAAAGCCCUCGCACAGAAACGAAGACCCAACACAGCCAAAAAUUAAUUAAUUAAUUAAUUUUUAAAAAAAAGAGAGAGAUGGAGAAUUCCCUGGCGGUCCAGUGGUUAGGACUUGGCUCUUUCACUGCAGUGGCCAGGGUUCGAAGCCUGGUCGGAGAACCAAGAUCCCGCAAGCCGAACAGCAAGGCUGGGAAAAAAAAAAAAUGAUGAUUGGGUUUCCCUGGUGGCCCAGGUGGUUAAGAAUCCGCCUGCCAAUGCAGGGGACACGGGUUUGAGCCCUGGUCCGGGAAGAUCCCACAUGCCACGGAGCAACUAAGCCUGUGCGCUACUACUGAGCCUGCGCUCUAGAGCCCACAAGCCACAACUACUGAGCCCAUGCGCCACAACUAGUGAAGCCCACGUGCCUAGAGCCCGUGCUGCACAACAAGAGAAGCCACUGCAAUGAGAAGCCCAGGCACCGCAACAAAGAGUAGCCCCCACUAGCUGCAACCAGAGAAAGUCAGCACGCAGCAACGAAGACCAAAUGCAGCCUAAAUAAAUAAUGUUUAAGAGAGUCAACAUUGCAAGCAUUGCAAGCCAGAAAAAUGAAUGCCAAUCUAAUUCCAUCCCAAGGAGAAGGCUAUGAGGGAGGCAGCUCCGUGGGGUGGGGACCUUCUGAAGAAUCUGGCCAGCUACCAACUUCCCCUCGCUUCUCAGCUGGCUCUGUUCACAUGUUCUUUCAUAUCACAGUUACUUGCAUGCUUGUCUUUCCUGCCAGACUGUGAGCAACUUGAGGUGAAGGGCUAUAUUCAUUUGUCUUCGAUUCCUCAGGCCAAAUGGUGCCCAACAUACGUGAGUAGUUGCUCAGAAAAGGGAUCUGUUGAAUUGAAAUGGAUUCACUGUUUCAUUUAGAGUUAUUUCUUUCAGAUCACUCUCCAAGAGUAGGAUUAGUUGGUCAAAAAGCCAGAAUAGAGCUUCCCUGGUGGUCCAGUGGUUAAGACUCCACCCUACCUAAGCUGGGACGAAGUGAGAGAGUGGCAUGGACAUAUACACACUACCAAACGUAAAAUAGCUAGUGGGAAGCAGCCGCAUAGCACAGGGAGAUCAGCUCGGUGCUUUCUGACCGCCUAG